AUGGAAGAAUUGGCAUUAGAUAAAGUGAAUGUUCACUUUUCGCAUAUGAAAUAUCCGGAUCUUGGUGGAAUGUCAAUUCCUCCUCGUCUUGAUUUUACACUUGCAAGUGCAUUCGGUGCUUUAUGUGGCGUUCCUUAUAUGGGAAAGAACCAGUGGAAUGAUCAUUAUGAUGGUUUUUUGAAUAAUCUUAAUUGCUUGGGCGAACUAUUGGAAUUAAAUGGAUAUAUUACAUCAGCAACAUUUGGUACAGGAAAAGGAGAUUUUGGAUAUGGCCAUGUAUUUGAUUUGCAUCAUUUCCAACGCAUAUUCUCAAACAGAGAAAUUAUGGGUACUACUCAAUGGAUUGAAGAUAAGCAUAUUUAUAAGUUUUUCAAAAAAGAACUCAAAUAUCUUUCGGAUACACAUCAACCUUUCAUGGCAUUUAUGUGUACAUUGGAUACACAUGAACCAGGUCAUAUCUGCAGCUUAUGUCCCAAUACUCAAAGUGAUCCAGCUACUAAAUCAAUAGAAUGCGCAGAUCGUCAGCUUAAAAGUUUCUUGGAAUGGGCGCAGACGCAAGAAUGGUAUAACAACACAGUGUUUUUGAUUUACGGUGAUCAUAUCUCAAGAGAUAAGAAUUUCAAGAAAAUGGCAAAAGAACAUAAUUACGUCAAAAAAUCAUAUAAUGUUAUUCUAAAUUCAAAAAGAAAGGCGAAAAGAACUCAUGAAAGAAAUUUUACUGUAUUUGAUUUAUUGCCAACUGUAUUGAAUGCAGCAGGAAUUCAGAUUAGAGGUAACCAAAUAGGAAUGGGAAUAAGCCUAUUUUCAAAAUUGCCGACUCUUCUUGAAAGAUAUGGAGAGAAAUUUGAAGAAAGUUUUAACCAAAUCUCAUUUUGGUAUGAUACUGUAGUAAAUCAUAAAUCAAUAAAAUGCGAAGAGAACAUCCCUUGCAUUAGUUUAGGUAAUUAUUCAACAGAAACUACAUAUGCAAAUUUAACAGCAGAAUACCAAUAG